AUGUCGAAGCACAGCCAGGGCACACUGGGCUGCGUGCCGCAGCGCAGCACUCUAGACUCACUUCCAGUGGGCGAGGUUGCUCACCUUUUGGUCACAGAAAACCUGCGGUGCCUCGGUGUGCCGCGUGCACGUUGUAUAUGGAAAUUUCAGGGUUUGUGGUUUUCAGAGCAAUGGAUUUUUACAAGAGCUUUUGAAAUCAUUUCGGCUUUCUCUCCAUCAGAGGCUGCUGUUUCUAUCCCACUUUUUAACACUGGGUUGAGUGGAUGUAACCUGUCAGAGAGAAGCUGUGAAGCUCUGUCUUCAGUCCUCAGCUCUCAGUCCUCCAGUCUGAGAGAGCUGGACCUGAGUAACAACGACCUGCAGGAUUCAGGAGUGAAACUGCUGUUCCGAGGACUGAGGAGUCCACACUGUAGACUGAAAAUUCUCAGGCUGUCAGGCUGUUUGAUCACAGAGGAAGGCUGUUCUGCUCUGGCCUCAGCUCUGAAUAUCAACCCCUUCCAUCUGAAAGAGCUGGACCUGAGCUACAACCAUCCAGGAGUCUCAGGAGUGAAGCUUCUGUCUGCUGGACUAGAGAAUCAACUCUGGAAACUGGACACUCUCAGGAUGGACCACGGUGGAGAGCUGAGGUUAAAACCUGGUCUGAAGAAGUAUUUCUGUGAACUCACACUGGACCCAAACACAACAAACACAUACCUCAGACUGUCUGAAAACAACAGAAAAGUGACAUAUGUAAAAGAGGAUCAGUCAUAUCCUGAUCAUCCAGACAGAUUUGACUUCUGGCCUCAGCUGAUGUGCGAAGAUGGUCUGACUGGUCGCUGUUACUGGGAGGUGGAGUGGGCAGGAUAUGUUUAUGUAUCAGUGAGUUACAGAGAAAUCAGAAGGAAAGAAAACAUGGAUAGUCUGUGUAAAUACAGUGAUCUGACCUGGAGUUUGUACUGCACUGACAUUGGUUUCUCUGUCUGUCACAAUGCCAGAAAACCCAUCCCUCAUCCUUCCUCAUCCUCUCACAGAGUAGCAGUGUAUCUCGACUUUCCUGCUGGCUCUCUGUCCUUCUACAGCGUCUCCUCUGACACUCUGACCCACCUCUACACCUUCAACACCACAUUUACUGAACCUCUCUAUCCUGGGUUUAAAUUUUGCUCAUAUCGUUCAUCAGUGUGUCUGUGCUCUCUGGAGGAGGUAGACUCCCCUCCUGUACACAAAUUCUAAAAAAACAGAAACAGCUGCUGGAACAAUAGUUAUGCUAGUGAACCAGUGAAGAGAUGGCUGUCUAAAUAAAAUCCUUCUGCCAUCCCAUCAUGCAAAACUAUUUCAAACUAAGGUUUUUGGCUGACAGCUGAGGGCAGCUCUACAAAUGGCUCUGUCCAUAUACUGACUGACUGACUGCGUAACUGAGUGAGUGAGCCUACUUCUACUUCCAAAGGCCUAACAUAACAGAGUUGCGUUUGCUUGGACUGAAUGCUGGCAGUGAUGGCUGCCUCCACUGUGUUAACUAGGCUCCAGUUAAAAUCAUGUAUGGCUCAUCCAUACAGCGAUGCUCUAUGGGCGGGGUUUACUUGUGCUGAAAGGCCUGUAAUGGCUGCCUCCCCUGCUCUAAAUACUCAAUAUAGCUUUAGCCUCUGUUAAACCAGAACUGGGCCACAUUUAUGUAUGACAAAGAAUAAAACAACCCUACAAGCUUUUCAUGUGGGGAAGGAUGUUUUCACUCCCCUGCUGAGCUGCUUUGGCAUGAUUUAGGGGGAAAAGGGAACUUGUGUGAAUGCUUGUGUGACCUACAGAAGAAAACAAAGGAAAGUACAAAGUCAAAACUGUGUAUUUGGAUUUAGCGAUCUCUCCUGGAGUCUGGGGUGCUCCAAUAAAGGUGUCUCUGUCUGGCACAAUAACAGAAAAACAGUCCUCCCUCUCUCCUGGUCCUCCUCCUCUGGUAGAGUAGCAGUGUAUGUGGACUGUCCUGCUGGCUCUCUGUCCUUCUACAGAGUCUCCUCUGACACUCUGAUCCACCUCUACACCUUCAACACCACAUUCACUGAACCUCUCUAUCCUGGGUUUAGGUUGUGGUAUUAUGGUUCCUCAGUGUCUCUGUGCUCUCUGGAGGAAGUAGAGUCUCCUCCUCUACACAAACACUAAAAACAGAAACAGCUGCUGGAACAAUAGUUGCUACUGUAGUGAACCAGCAAACAGGAUAUUUUCCGCAUUAACUUUCUCUUGACUUAUUGAACAAAACUAUUUCAAAGUGUUCAUAGAUCAUAUAAAAUCUGUUACAAAUUCAACUCCUAGUUUUAAUAAUGUUCAGUCAUCAAAACACAUUAUUUAGAUACCAUUUUAUUUUUGAGUCAUUCAUGGGAAUCAUUGUCACGAUCAUUUAUGGUGACUCUCAAAAGUCUGAUCAGACUAAUCAGGACCAAACAAACCUAGGGCUGCAAGCAGCACUGGAGGACCCUCGCACCCUGGAGCACUUACGGCUAUGUGGGAAUUGUUGGGUGUUAGCAAACCUGUUCGGUGACUUUCAUCACGUCAGAGAGAAACCUGUUAGUGAGACUCCUGACUACCAGGUUUUGGGGCCCCUAUGGGACCAUUUGUUUUUACCUCAGAUGAAUGGAAUCAACAGAAUGUGAAAUUUUUCACCAGGGUCUAACAAGCCGUGGAAUUUGGUGAGUUUUGGGCAUAAUAAGACCCCCCAAAACUCCCUCCUCUCCACCCUCCACAAACUUCAGUUAGUCCAAAAUUCUGCCGCCCACAUCAUUUCCAGAACCCCAUCCAGCAAUCACAUCACUCCAAUUCUUCAGCAGCUACAGUGGCUCCCAGUCAGCUACCGCAUUGAUUUUAAGAUUCUGCUCCUGACCUUUUAACAGGGUAUCUGUGGGGUCUUAAAAAGUCUAAAAUCCAGUAAUUUGAAUUUAAGGCCUUAAAAUGUCAAAAAUUCUCUUAAAAUCUCAUAAAAUGUAUUAAAUACGAUUUUAAGGGUCUUAAAAAUGUAUUAUUAAUGUAUUAUCAUAAUGAAAUCGCGGAAUUGGCCAAUAAAAAAAUAAAAUUUAAUACAGAAAUUGAAUGAAUUUGACUGAAAUGCUGUGUUUUUUUAGAAAGAGGAACGUAUAUCUAAGGAAUAUGUCCCCGGGGGAACACUAAAGUGGGGCACAACUUGUCCCUCACUCACCCCGCCCCCUCUUAAACAAUAACAGCAUGUCAAAGUGGCUACACAAAACACCGGCAAACAUCACGUAGUCCCAUACGGGCCAGUACUGUGGGACUUAAUGUUGCACCUUCAAGAAAACUCAUCCGUGCCUUGAGUUAUUUUACCUAACCACUCACCCUUCAGAGGCUCAAAAAAAUUCAAGUAACAGUUACUUUAAUAAUUCCUCCUGUAGAUACUGUAGUUCCCUUUGGUUGCUUAACAAGCCAACACAUGUCUGCAUUAACGUAGCGGUCUAAUGUGAGGCAGACGGACAGACAGUGAGGAUGUAGAGAUGAGGAGAGAACCGUUACAGUCAGGAGUAGAACAAUGCAGCGUCAAACUGCAUGGACUGUUACAGAC